CCGUGCAAACCACACGGCCCCACACGGUGGCGUGUGCGUGUGCGUGUGCGUGCGUGGGUCAGCCUUGCCCCAUAUUUUCAGUCCAUUCGCGAGAGGGUCGAGCCGGCGCGUCGCGGCGCGUAUUCUAAAGAAAGAGGAAGGCCGAAGGGAUGUUAUCAGCGAGGAAGUGCCGGCGUCGGCGUCGAGCAGCGACCACCCGCCGGCAAUUCGCGCGACGUCCCUCCGGGAACGAAGUCGGCGAGGCUUCCGAGUGAACGAACUUCUGCUUCUGUAUCCGUCACAUUUCACUAAAACGCACAACGUACGAGCGUGUGCACGUUUACGUUCCGUUGUUCCGUGAGUUGAUUCGCGUGGUUAGUGCGUCGACGGGUGCGUGUUUGUUACUGCGUACGCGCGCGCGCGCGUGUACAGUAGGAAAAACGGGUCGAGGUGGACGCGGGGUGAAUCGAGAAUAAGCCAACAGUUAAGAGAAUAAGUUUUCGGAGGAAUAGUGUUUCGAGUUGGCUGGAAAGAAGCUGGAAUUGAAGAUGUCAGAGACGCGCAAGAAAACUAGAUAUCGACAGAUAAAACAGCGACGAAGAUGAGAAACUGAACUGGGCGCAUGGCGAAUAGAUCGAUACAUAGAUGAAAGAGAAACUGAGAAAGCAUAGAAGAGCUCAGAGAAAGCCAGUCGAUAGAAUUAAAGAAUAAAGAAAUACGAUACUUGUACAUAAAAAUAUAUGAGUAUAUCUACGAUAAUUAAAGAAGAAAAACUAGUGUUAUAUAUAUUAUAUGUAUAUCUCUUCGGAGAGAAAGUGUUACUCAGAUUUAUUGUUUUAUCUACUCAUUCGAAGUUUACACGUCAUCGAUAUAAGAAACAUAUAUGUACGUAUAUUUAAGCCUAAUCGCUGGGACGUACGCAGAAUAUCGUAUAUCAUCAUCGAUGGAACGAUCAAAGGAACGAACGACCAAAACGAAUGCUGUCAAUUAAUACUAUAUUAAUAUUAAUACAAUAUUACUAUUAAUGAUCAUUUUUGGAUUUACAAUUUCGCCUAGUUCAAUUAUUACAAGUUAUAUCUUUGAAGCGACCGCUUUUCUCUGUAGCUAUUCUUCGAAUUCUACCUCCAGCUUAAAAUAAAAAAGGUUAAGAGUAACAAAGACAGAAGGAAGCAUAAAAUCGACAACGAAGAAAGGGAAUAAUCGUAAGAAGACUCGUAAGACGCAAAAAGAACGGAAAGGGUAAAGGAUAAAACGGCCUACAAAAGUAUCUUGUAGAUGUAGUGCACGAGUUUAGGAUCUUCGAAUAGAAAUCGACCCUUCGCAAUGGUUGUACCUGGUUUAAUCUGCAGUUAAGAUUUCACCGUAUACCGAACAGAAGCCACGCUCGCUUCUCUAGCGUUUCCAAAGAUAACUGUGGCGGCGACGGCGGUAGCGGCAUGAACGCACGAGACUGGUUUCGAAGUGCCCAUUUCGCAAAGUGUGUCGCGCGAUCUCGAACGAUUCAUCUAGAUCGCGGUCGACAAUAUUAUCAAACUUUGUCUACGCAACUCUAGUGUGAUACAAAAAAAGGGUAAAGGACACAUAAAGGACAAAUAGACACUAGUGACAAUAUAGUACACGUAGUAUGAGUGUAUGGACAAAAGUGUAAACAGUUGCUUGACGUGUGAACAGUGAAAAACGAUGGUAGCGUAAAAGAUGGACAUGGAGAUCGACAACGUGCACAGUGUUUCGAAUUCCCGUAUCAUCACCGAGACAUUCGUUAAACCGUCGCGAAUGUUUCUUCUUGGUCCAUUCUAAUCUCGUUUACGUUACAAUUCGCACGAUACACAAGAUGAAUCGUGAGGAGGGCCAUCCUAAAAAUCGCAUCGGAUCUUAGAAUCAUAAAGAACAUCUGCUGCUUCGAGAAACGUAAACUUGAUGAAAAUGGACUCGACGAAGCUGGGUGGGCCAGCCCCAACCAGCCCAAGGGCUCACUCGCCGGUUUUACCAGCUUUCGGCGCCACUCCGACGGAGACCAACAUCGAUUACAUAAUCGGAGAUUACAUGGAGAGACUCGGCACAAGGUUGAACACGUUGGAGAAGGAACUAAGGUACGCCUGGAGAGCGUUGGAUCUCCUCAGCCAGGAGUACAUCAAGAUGUGGGAAAGGCUAGAAAAACUCGAGGGUCUUCUUUAUGAACAACAAACAGUGAUUAGUCAAUUGAUCGAGUUCUAUACAAGCAGCGGGACACAUAGUGAGACUACGAACGUCGUAGAGGAGGCACUAGUGAAUCAGCCGAGCUCCGUCAGCGAGAUAGACGCCAUCGCAAAGAGCAUAGAAGCUACGAUGGGCAUCGAGGAGACGAACGCGAUCAGGGAGAAGUUGACCCAACAGGAGAUCGCGAGGAUGCACGGUCUUACGCAGGACAGUUCAACUGCUGCCGCGGUCGUUACUGAUAUGCACAGAAACGUGAGGAACCUGGACGCUCUGGAGACUCUAGCCGAGGAGACCAACGUUGAUGAAGCGUUUUACAGGAGUCUGAACAAUGCGUACCGGGAAGAUUUGAUCUGCGGCGACACGUCCAGGCCAACGUCGCAGCUGGGAAUGAUUUGGGAGGAGGCCGAGGACGAGGAUGGGAACGGAAAGAAGGAGAUGGAUAUGUUCGACACGGGGAAGAAGGAUACGAACAUUUUCGAGAAGACUGCGACUAAAGAGAAGGCACUCGAAGAGUUGACCAAGGAAUUGACAAAGCCGACGAAAGAGGAAAUUCAAGAAGCGAUUACAAAAAAGGAAGAUGAAGCUGACGAGGACGAGGGCGAAGUGUUCAGCGCGGCUGAUUACAAAAGCUAUCGGGGGAACACGCCUUGCGUCAGCGAGCAAGACCUGGCUCAGCUCUCCAGGCUUAGCUCCAUCGAUCAGGUGGCUUUGGAGAACCUACACGAAAUAGACAGGUUAACGAAUAAAUUUGCAAAAGAUUCGCAGGAUUUGAUAGAGCUACAGUCGAAAUUAAUGGAGUCUCCGAAGAGGCAGUACAGUACCGAGGCCGAGGCGAAGUUAGCGGAAGAGGCGAGCAGCAUAGACGAGCAGCUAAGAAAAAUCUAUGCUGAAACGGACGUUGAUAGUUGGACAUUUUCAAAGAGUCCAGGAUCUACCGGUAGAUCUAUCUCCAGAGUUAGCACUGACAGUGGUCUGGCUACCGACGGCGACUUCACGACUAGGUCAAUUUCCCCAAGACUGAGUUCUACGUCCAGAACGAACCUGGAUUCCAUCUCAAGUACCUAUACUUCAUCCAGGUUAGGUAGUUACACCUCGACCGUGCGCGAAAAAAGUCCAGACCCCGUGAUCCAGUUGCCGAUUGACGUUGGCAAUUUAGUCAAGGGAUAUGCGGAAAACAAAGAACUGACUGAUUUGAUGGUGGAAAGUUUCGCGGCUGUCACCUGUGCUUCGCCCACGAUUUUCAGCACCACUACUGACAAAGUGCCGUCUCCUACUCAUUCGGCGGGAAGCGUUCACAGUGUCCACAGCGUACACAGCGUGCAGAGUCUUCGAACCAGGCAGGAUGGCUAUUUCGGUAGCGCCGCACGAUUAAAUCUCGAGUUCCAAGAAAGCAGAACACCGCCGAGUCCUUCACCUAGUUCUCCACCACCACCAGCUCCUCGAGACAACGCGGAACCGUUCCUGAUGCCAGGGUCCGAUCAGAGGGAGAUGGAAUCGAAACGAGUUCAGAGUCCCACGUUCCUGAGGAGCACGGAAAAGCUGGUAUCUUUGGAACAGGGACGCCUGAGUCCACGAACUCCGCAUUCACCUAAAUCGCCGCGAGUCUCGCCCAAACACGCCGUGAAACCGAGCGUGGCAAACAUCGUGGCGGCGAAAUCUGAUUCCGGCCUAUCUUCUAUGAGCGGAUGGAGCAGCCUGGACAAAUCACCGAGCUCCCCGAAGAGUACUAUCAGCAAAAUGCUUACAUCGUACUCGAUGGACCACGCCAGAUCGACUUUAAUCCCGAGUACGACUACCGUCAAAUUAGCCAGUCCAAUUCCACCUCUCAUGGAGACAAGCGCGUCCAUCAUCACGCAAGAACCACUUUACGAUACCCCAGAGGGCAGAGACGCUUUCGCUAGCACAACCGCAGUCACGUUUGCCGUCACCAGCCACUCGUAUGUCAUCGCUAUGAACCAUUUGUCCGGUUACGCGUCUAUAAAAACGCCCAGCACGAAGGAAGAGUACAACUUUGUGUCCUUGCCAGCUGCGAUCGCGACCACCUGUCAGAGUCCGAAGAAAAGACGCCAACAAACACUACAGCAUACGUACGAUACAGUGCCACCUGGAACUUCGAUCGAUUACGUGUACAGAUCGGAACAACCGGCGAUUUACUCCGUGGCCGGCAGCAAUCGACAACAGGCGAUCACGAGUGUGUACACGAGUAGCGCUGGGGGCUAUGGACCGAAAACCACCACAUCCGCUUAUUAUCCCGACGUGAUGGAUCAGUACAACAGCUACCAGGAGAAUUAUGCCGGUGUGCAGUACACCGAGUCGGGUGCGAUAACGCACACUAAGAAACCGUUGAGGAGUGUAUAUACGACAGACGGAAUGACGAAUCACGAAGGUUACAAAGCCGCAAUGUAUCGCACAAUGUUCCCCACGGGUAAUAUAACCGAUGCCUUGUCGUAUUACCCGACCAGCGCUAAUUUACCGCGCACCGAAACGAACGAAACUUCGUGGUUGAAUUCGAUGGAGGACCAGAUACCUCACGACUCGACGUCCUCCAGCAUCAGAUCCUUAACCUCCGACGGUAGUUACUCUCAAAGUCCGUAUACUGACAGGAGGUAUCCUCAGCCGCCGGCAUAUCAGGCUCAUCAUCAGUAUCACCACACGUACGCGAACCAGAGUUACUCUCAAUCUUAUCAGCAGCAAUAUCAACCGUACAGUCAAAGACUGACCAGCACAGAAAGCGCACAACUGACCGAUGCGUAUCAGAGGCAGCGGCAAAGGGAACAUCAGUAUAUGCAAGAUCAUGAAACCACGAGGUUACUAGGAAUCGAACAAACGCAACAUCAACCGAGUGAAUACUACGACGCCUCCAGCGUUAUAGUGUCGCAAUCAGGAUACAUAAGCAUUGCGAGCAACUUGAAGGAUCAUGAGAUAGAGAAUGCGAAAGCUGGCAAGAAAAUCAGACGGGGUUCUUCCCUGAAGAACGCGAUGAGCUCGAUGAGUAAUUGGUUGCCCGACUUGCAUCUCAGUAAAAGACACAGGAGUCACUCGUUGCCCGGCGGCGUAAGGAGGGAAGAUCUGGACAUGACCCAGGAGCAACAGCAACAGCAGCAGCAGCAACAGAGACUUCCAGCGGAAGCAGCCAUGGUCAGAGGCCGUGGCAGGGGUCAAACCGCCAGAAAAAAGAAGAAGCAUAUCCUGGUGUCGACUGUGUCCGGAAUUCUACAGAAAGCCAAGAGGCGAAGCCAUCAGUCUCAAUCCUUAUCCGAUCCAGAGCAAUCCGAAACUGAAUGGAGCAGUGGCAGGCAAAGUGGCCUGUCUGAGGACGAGGAUAGCGUGAUGUCUGACGUGAAUCAAGAGCCUCCAUUCUUUGCUAAAAUGAAAACGUCCAGUACGAAACGCAAACAAGCAUCGCAGCCUGUUCAACAACAGCAACAACCAACGACACAGACGCUGAUCUCACAACAAAAAGAAUAUAUACAACAGCAGCAACAGCAGCAGCAGCAGCAACAACAACAACAACAGCAGCAACAGCAGCAACAGCAGCAGCAGCAGCAGCAACAACAACAACAACCCCAGCAGCAGCAGCAGCAGCAACAACAGCAACAACAGCAGCAGCAGCAGCAGCAGCAGCAAGUCCUUCAGCAACAGAUUCAGCAACACCAAGAACAGUUGCAGCAACAGGCUCUCCAAGAUGGUUGGGGUAAAGAAAAGGAACAAAAGAAAGAGACAGAGCACGAAGUUUUUGACCAAAUCGGUGCUUUCGACGAGGAAACAUCAGGUAAGAGUACUGGUUCCGGUUCUGGUGGUUCUUCCAUAUUCCAAACCAUUGGUGAUCUGAAACGAUGCACAGGCAGUUCUGAUGAAGCACCCAACGAGAAAGCUCCGAAGCUCCCGCCGGUGACUAUAAUGGGCGGUGCAAGCAUGGAAUUCGCGGUGUCUAGAGCAUUGGGCAAAUAUCGGCAGAGACAAUCGUCGACGGUGUCCGAUGAUCUUCCCCCUAGUGAGGAUGGUAAUGAGAAGAAGUCCGACGAGGGUAGUGUCCAACCAUUGGAGGCUAGUUUCGAAUAUCCAGAAGAUAUGUCGGAAAAGAGCGAGAAAAGCGAGAAAUCUAGUAGCACCAGGCUUCCGGAACUGGUGACCAGUAUAUCGGAGGAGGCUCCACCCUCGGAAGGUAGCCCAUCAGCGUCAAGCACGAGGGGACAAACGUCCGGAAGUCGAUUCCUCCCGCGACAUCAACAAUCCUUGGAGAUUCCUUGGACAGGAUCGAGGCCGGGAGAGUUGGACGAAGACAACCGGAGUACACAUUCCUAUCGUAGCACCUCAAGAGUUUCCUCCAGGAGGCAAAGCACGGAGGAUUCGAUCGACUCCGAGGACGAAUGGUAUCGGUACGAAUUGAGAAAGUUGGAGGAACUCGAAAGACAGUCGCAGGUAGAAGUAGAAAUGGGCGAGGCUUUGGUGGAAGAACCUGAGGAGUCUGAUCAUUACAAACCUGACGAGGUGGUGAAGGAAAAGAUGUCGUUUGUACUAAAAGAAUUGAAGCUAAAAGCUGGGAUGACUAAAGAUCAGAUAAGCGAUAAAGAAGAAGUACGAAGCAAGGUGAACGGUACGAAGGAGCGAGACAGGUAUCGUGACGAAAAACCGAUUCCAAAACGAAAAUCCGCAGAGAGUAUAGAGGUAGUGUUUGCAAGGGUAACCGAUUAUCAUACUUGGGCACAUGAGGAAGACGCUAAGAAGGAAAAAGAGAAACCUAUGGAGGAGGGUUCUUCCGGCGAGACUUCUGGACCCGACAGUCCCGUACAAUCUAUGGACGAGGAGGAAGAGGAGUUGCCGAAGGACACGGACGAACAAACGUCAAGGUGCAGCUCCAGCGGUUCGACGUUCCGUCAGGGAGAGAAGAUUCAUCCGGGCUCGGAAUCGAUUUCUCGCGAAGGUAGCGUAAGUGUACCGGCUAGCGAGGUGUCGGUUAGUAUCCCGGGUGCCUGGGACUCAGAGAGCACUGUCCUUGAAGGCCUCGAACGCGAUGGAGCUGGUAGUGCCGAGACAGCAACGACAGCCACCAUCAGCUUACCGAAGAUCAAAAUCGAUUCGUCGUCCUGCGGUAGCUCCGACACGACGCUAAAGGACGGCCAGGUGAGUCCCGGACCACCCGGGUCCAAGUGGAAACUCCUGAAAACGUUGAAAGAACGAAAAGCUGAAGAAAAACUUAAGGAGGUCGAGGAGGCAGCCAAGGAGUCUACGAUUUCUCAGGGAUCCACGGCAAACGGCAGUGGCUCUGGUGGCGAAUCGGGCGGACGUGGCAACGGGCAUCCGGGAGACAAUCCAUUCUACAGCACCAUCGACAGUAUGCCAGACAUUCGGCCGCGCCGAAAGUCGGUGCCAUUGGUCUCAGAGCUGGUCUUGAAGACAAUGGCGGCAACGAAGAGGAAUGCACCGGGUCUAACAACGGCAGUGCCCAGGGCAACCCUGAACGACGAGGAACUGAAGAUGCACGUGUACAAGAAAACGCUGCAGGCGAUGAUCUACCCGAUUUCCUCAACCACACCGCACAAGUUCGUCACCUGGACGGCGACAUCGCCGACCUACUGCUACGAAUGCGAAGGUCUACUUUGGGGUAUCGCCAGGCAGGGAGUUCGAUGUACCGAGUGCGGUGUCAAGUGCCACGAGAAGUGCAAAGACCUGCUCAACGCAGACUGCUUGCAAAGGGCGGCUGAGAAAAGCUCGAAACAUGGCGCCGAGGAUAAAGCGAUCAGCAUCAUCACGGCCAUGAAGGAGAGGAUGAAGCAGAGGGAACUGGAAAAACCAGAGAUCUUCGAGCUGAUCCGGUCAGUCUUUGGAAUCGACGAGAAGGGACAUGCGAAUCACAUGGGAGCGGUGAAGCAGUCGGUUCUGGAUGGUACCAGCAAGUGGUCCGCGAAGAUCGCCAUUACAGUGAUCUGCGCCCAGGGUUUGAUCGCGAAAGACAAGAGUGGCACGUCUGACCCGUACGUGACGGUCCAAGUCGGUAAAGUGAAGAAACGAACCAGGACGAUGCCGAGAGAGUUGAAUCCGGUUUGGCAUGAAAAGUUCUACUUCGAAUGCCACAACUCAUCCGAUCGGAUAAAAGUGAGAGUGUGGGAUGAGGACAAUGACCUGAAGUCGAAAUUAAGGCAAAAGCUCACCAGAGAAAGCGAUGAUUUUCUGGGUCAGACGAUCAUCGAAGUAAGGACAUUGAGCGGCGAGAUGGACGUGUGGUAUAAUUUGGAAAAGCGAACGGACAAGUCUGCUGUUUCUGGAGCGAUCAGGCUUCAUAUCAGCGUGGAGAUCAAGGGCGAGGAGAAGGUGGCGCCUUACCACGUACAAUACACGUGCCUGCAUGAAAACCUCUUCCACAGUCUAUGCGAGAAAAACGACGGCGUUGUGGCUUUGCCCCAGGCGAAGGGUGACGACGCGUGGAAAGUUUACUUCGAUCCACCGGGUGAAGAACUUGUCGACGAGUUCGCGAUGAGAUACGGCAUCGAGAGCAUUUACCAAGCUAUGACACAUUUUCACUGCCUCUCCACGAAGUACCUGUGCCCAGGUGUGCCAGCGGUUAUGUCCACACUGCUAGCGAAUAUAAACGCGUACUAUGCCCACACCAGUGCAAGUUCCGCCGUUUCGGCCAGUGAUAGAUUCGCCGCCAGCAACUUCGGGAAAGAGAAGUUCGUGAAAUUACUGGACCAAUUGCACAACUCUCUACGAAUCGAUCUGUCGAUGUACCGGAAUAAUUUCCCGGCUUCGAGUCAGGAGAAGCUGAUGGACCUGAAGAGCACGGUCGACCUUCUGACCAGCAUCACCUUCUUCAGGAUGAAGGUCCUUGAACUUUCCAGCCCUCCGCGAGCCAGCACGGUGGUAAAGGAUUGCGUAAAAGCUUGUCUUCGCUCGACCUAUCAAUUCCUCUUCGAGAAUUGCUACGACAUCUACAACCGGGAAUUCCAAGUGGAUCCGAAUGAGGCGAAGAGAGAUACGGAGGAUCAUGGACCUCGGCUGGAAUCGUUAGACUUCUGGCACAAAUUGAUCGCGUUGAUCGUCUCCGUAAUAGAGGAGGACAAGAACAGCUAUGCUCCUGUUCUGAAUCAGUUCCCGCAGGAGUUGAACAUCGGUCAACUGUCCGCGGCAACGAUGUGGUCGUUAUUCGCGGUUGACAUGAAGUACGCGUUGGAGGAGCACGAGCAACACAGACUGUGCAAGUCCUCGUUCUACAUGAACCUUCACUUCAAGGUGAAAUGGUUGCACACCAACUAUGUCAAGGAUGUGCCACCAUACAAGGGUGCGGUACCUGAGUACCCGGCAUGGUUCGAACCAUUCGUCAUGCAGUGGUUAAAUGAGAACGAUGACGUCUCACUUGAAUAUCUCCAUGGUGCCUUUAGCAGAGACAAAAAGGACGGAUUCCAAAAGAGCAGCGAGCACGCUCUGUUCAGCGUAUCCGUCGUCGACGUCUUCACACAAUUAACACAAUGCUUCGAUGUAGUGUCGAAGCUCGAAUGUCCCGAUCCAGAAAUCUGGAAAAGGUAUAUGAAGAGGUUCGCGAAAACCAUCGUGAAAGUGUUGAUAGCGUACACGGAUAUUGUAAAGGUAGAAUUCCCGAGUCAACUGACGGAAGAACGAAUCGCUUGCAUUCUCAUGAACAACAUCCAGCAGCUUCGAGUGCAACUGGAAAAGAUGUUUGAAUCGAUGGGCGGCCAGAAACUGGAAGAUGACGCAGCGAAUAUCUUAAGCGGACUCCAACAGCAACUGAACGGGACGCUCGACGUUCUCGCUGUGCAGUUCGCGAAGAGCCUGGAGCUGAGAAUAACGCAAUCGGUAAAGGUAUUAGGAGACCUGCUGUUAGCUAUCAAGUCCGGAGGUCAGUCGCAACCCGCUCAAAAGAACAACGUCAGUGUGGAAGCUGAUCAAGUACUGCGACCUCUAAUGGAUCUUCUCGACGGAAGUCUGACUUUAUACGCCGAAUCCUGCGAGAAAUCGGUGCUGAAAAGGUUGCUGAAGGAAUUGUGGAAGAUUGUAAUGAGAACUCUUGAGAAGACGGUUGUUUUACCACCCAUGUCGGACAAGAGCAUGAUGUUCAAGAAUCUCACGGAUAAUGCGAAAAAUCUAGCCGCGAACGCGAAGAUAGAGGAUAUGUCGAAAUUGUUCAAAAAUCACAUGGCUGGUAAACCAGAUGUAAAGAACGCACUGAGUGGUGUAAUGGAUAUUUCGAAGGAAGUAGAGAAGAACCUUUCACCGAAGCAAUGUGCGAUCCUUGAAGUAGCCCUUGAUACCAUCAAAAAUUACUUCCACGCAGGUGGAAAUGGUUUGAAGAGGGUGUUCCUAGACAAGUCGCCUGAACUGCAAAGCUUGCGAUACGCUUUAAGUUUGUACACACAAACAACGGACACUCUCGUCAAGACAUUCGUCACAUCUCAGGGUAACCAAGUGCCGCUGAACAAUGCGUCAAAGCUACGUCAGCGUCAGCGUUCGAUGAGCAGCGAGAGAGGUGGUGACGAAGGGGAAGGAGCCGAGGGUAUGGAAAGCCUCGAGGAACCCCUUCGCCAGAGCAAGCCCUCUCUUCGUCGAGAGAGUCGACAAGCUUCAGAUACCGCCGGCUCGGAAGAAGGCUCGGUUGGAGAAGUCAGCAUUCAAGUGGACCUCUUCACACAUCCUGGAACCGGCGAGCAGAAGGUCACCGUCAAAGUUGUCGCUGCAAACGAUUUGAAGUGGCAGCUGGCCACGGGGAUGUUCAGACCGUACGUUGAAGUAAAUUUGAUCGGACCGCACCUCACCGGUAAGAAAAGGAAACAGUCAACAAAAUCAAAGAGCAAUAAUUGGUCGCCGCAAUUCAAUGAGAGCUUCGACUUCAUGAUCGGUAAUGAGCAGCAGCAACUGGACUUCUAUGAGCUUCACAUUUGCGUGAAGGAUUACUGUUUCGCGAGAGAAGACAGACUGGUCGGCGUGGCAGUCAUGCAGCUCAAGGAUAUCGUCGAGGAAGGUUCCUGCGCCUGUUGGUUGUCACUCGGAAAACGUAUCCAAAUGGAUGAGACCGGUUGGACGAUUUUGAGAAUCCUCUCACAAAGGAACAACGACGAGAUCGCGAAAGAGUUCGUAAAGCUGAAGAGCGACAUCAGGCAGGAGACACCAUUACCAAAUCCUACCUGAAGCCCAAGCUUACAGCAUUAAAGCCACGACAGAGAAGCGAUGCGUCCUUCGAGUUUGGAAAGAGCUCGAAAGGAGUGGAAAAAGAGGAGCGUUGCCCACAGGAGACACUAAAUAGAAGCGUUCGGCCGUCGUUGUCGAAUGAAGCCUUUUUAAUAAAAUAAGAAACGGCAGUAACACCGUGAUAUCAAAUACGCAUAAAUAUGAUACAAGAAGACACACGCCGCGCAAGGAACGAACGUGCACGAAGAAUAAUUACUGAUGAAAGACGCGAUCGGCCGAAUACUUUUCGCUGCUAAAGAUAACUGUGUCACGUCGGUGAGAGAACGUGUCGCCAUGUUUUCUCGUUUUCUUCGUAGCCAGCUUCCAGUCGAGCGUGUUUUCUCUUUUUUUUUACGAAUCACAGAGCUUUAGCCCCGUCCCCUAUACAAACUGAACGAGAACGAAAAGCAAAAUUGAGAAAACGAGCAAUUUCGAGUUAACACGCCGAUGAUUAGCCCCCGAAUCGAAACGUUCGUCCAGAGGAAAUGGAAAACGAAGAGACGAGAGAGCCGAAAGAAUCUCCUUCUACCCUUCCGAAGAAAACUAUGAAGCGGUAACACGGAAUAAACGUCCAGGACGAUGAUUGGUGAACACAAUCGAACUUCUUUUUUGUUCGAAUAAGUGCCGUGAGAACGGAGGAUACGAAACCUCAUUAUCAAUGGAGAGUGUUCCGAAUAGACGCGAUACGUGAAAACAGUGCUGCCAGUACGCAAUAUCUUUGGUAAAUAUUCGUAAUGUAAGAGAGAGGAAAAACGAGUCGAAUUAGUUGUUAAAAAAAGUGCGUCCAGUGCGAUCAGACCUCGUUGUGUACGGAUUCCCAAAUAAAAAGAGAAAUGCAAGCGGCGACAAUCGUGGUUCAAGACGAAUUUAAGUGAAAAACGGGGAACGAUCGAAUCGGUGUCGGUGACAACCGCGGAUCGCAAAACGCAUUGCGAAUUACGAAAGAAAAGGAGGAUGUGAAUUGGUGUUUUCAAAAAUAUAAGAAAUCGCACUGCAACGAGGAGACGCAUUGCGCUACGUAUUAAAUACAAUACACAUAAAAACCCUCGUGUAAGACGACGUUUUAGGGCGUUUGUUCGGAAGACGAGUUUACUUGUAGAUAUGUGAAACACAUUGUUGACGAAAAAAAAUUUUUUCUAAAUAACAGUUUAAUGUAGCAUUGCGUACGACCAAUAGGCGCGUCGCGACGUCACUCGGGGCGCGCCGUUAGUAAUAAAAAAAUAGGCAUUGUAAUGUAAAGUACGUUCUUAUUGUAAGAAUUACACAAGAAAUCGUGAAGAGUCUGAUUGUUGUUGGUGAACGAUUUAAAAAUAAAAAGACGGGAUCCGCUCGAAGGCUUCAAGCAUUACUCUAGUGUCGAAAUCCUCCGGCACGAAACGCAGCACGUAGGUACUCUAAAAAAAUCAAUGCUCCGUUCCAGUGAAAAUGAGCAUGAAAAUAAAGUAGAACGAUAUGGUGCGCGCUGCAAAAUGUAAUGAUUGCUUCCGUCCGCCUUUGAUUUUCGAUCUACGUACAAACACAUACGUUACAAUAGAGAGUCUUACGAUCCAUUCUAACUACAAACAAUCAUUUCCACGAAUCAAGAGACCCAAGACCCCUUCUCGAAAUUAAACUUUAUAUCGUGGUAGCUGUAUGGUAACUUUAAUCGUGUAACUUCGACACUUUCCCGACGAUCAUUGCUUUUUGUGUAAGCGAAUCAAAAACCAAAUAGGCAUUGCAAACGACGAGAUGGGACGCAAACUUUCGAAGAAAAAAAAAACAAAAAGGGUCGAUACUACAUACUUCUCUGUCUAUUUGCUUAUCCCAUCAAUACUACUCUUGUACAUAAAUCGAGGCUCGUUACUUCGUGGAAACGGUUCGACGGGUUACAAAAACUACGAUCCGCGACUCUCUGUAUACUUCCCCGAAAAAAAGGUCAAAGCAAGAAAAUUGAGGGCGGAUGAGCAAACAGAUCACACAGAUCUAUUGCAUAAAAAUUUAACGUCCUUCGUUUGGCACAUAGCGUCGAUCGAAAAUUUUAAAGAUAACUUUGUUUUUGCGUGAAGUUUCGAUCGGAUCUUCCGGGAUAAUUCUAAAUGAGAUGGAGGAAGAGAAAAGAGAAUAAUGAGGACAAAACAAAAAGUAACGAAAACGGAAUAUGAAAACCAUAAUGAUAACACGAAAAAAAGAUGCACGCAACUUUGAAACUAAAUGAAUUUCAUUCUCUCCGGCCCCCGUGGCCAACAAGAUAUACAAUUCCAAAGAUUACAUGAUUAUAUCCACGAAAAAAAAGUUUCUACUACGUAGUACGUCUAGAUAAAUACUUAAGUAUUGUGUAUAGUGUCUCUAAACGUUGGUACGCAACUGCGUGAGACAUUCGUGUCGAGAGAGAGAGAGAGAGAGAGAGAGAGAGAGAGAGAGAAAGAAAGAAAGAGAGAGAGAGAGCCACCCGAGGAAAGAAACAUUCGGCAAAAAUGAAAAACAGGUAAUAUAAAUCAGGCGCUUUACUAUGACCGGAUCCAUGGCCCUGAUACGCAUCAGCUACAGGAACUUUCGUAUAGAGAAAUUUCAUUUAUUAACACGUUAAACAAGCGCGUACUUUCCAAAAUUACCUCUUACCUGAUCUUACCACGUAACGUCCUUAUAGUCGAGAGAAAGAUAUAACAACUCUCGUAAGAUGGUGGAGUUUCUGUCUUUCAAACCUUUAAUAAAAGAGGUCACGAUGAUGAUAUGCUGUAAAUCCAAUAACGUACCGAUGUAUUCUCCAGUUUUAUCAGUGGUACUCGGAGUCCAAAAUGCAAAUACUUCCAUUCUACAAAGUAUUAACAGUAAAUUUGAAUUAAUUUGUACAUAAUAUGAACAGUUCGUAAUGUUCCAAUUUCUAUUCGAAUAUUUUGUAGAAUAAGUUCUGACAUUUGGAAGUCCACGUAUAACUGGAUAACUGGAAAAUAAUACAUCGGUAUGUUACUGGAUUUACAGCGUGUCAUCACGACCUCUUUUGUUACAUUAUGAGGGACAGCAAUCCCACUGUUUUAUAAUAGUUAGUUGUAAUAUCUUACCGUCGACUAUAUUAUCGACGAUCACGCGUCUCACGGCUCGAAACAAAAUGAUGGUCGUCCAUUCACACUAAUCGAUACGCCUCGAAUCUCAUUAUGAAAAAUCGUAGAACAGAAUUAAAGAGAGUUACUCGAUAAUUUAAAGUUAUUUCGUUUCACGAACAACAGGCACUUAGCGCGUUAAUUCAUUAACGAAUGAAAUUAGAAUACGUCGAUCCUUCGGACGUGACCGGAUCUGUGUGCCAAUUUCAAUUAUCAAACCUGUUUGCGGUUUUCGUUUCGCAUGACGAUUCACAACCCCUUCCGAAAUCGAUAAAUGUUUGUUGAAAAUAGAACAAAGAAACCUAGCGUGAAACGAUUUCAAAAGUGUACGCGCAUAUAGAUGAAAAAUAUCAAAACAUAAAAAAUGCAAAAACAAAUUGGUAGAAUUGAAAGGGAGAAACACGGAUCCGCGAUCUCGCCGGCAUCUUCAUUUUUAUAAAUGUCUAUUUUCUCCGCUGCCUAAGUAUGUAUAUACUAAUUAAUGAAAAAAGGCUGGCGAGCUCGGCAAUUAGGCCAAGUCCGUCGAUACGAAACAGAAGUAGUCUUCUGUUAGCGCGUUUCCCCUCGCGUUAAAAAAGAGUAUCUGUUUCGUAAACACGGAUUUGUCUGGCAAUUUUUUCCUCCUAUUCUCCGCUUCGAUUAAUAUCUUGUAAGCUUAAUGAAAAAAAAAAUAUUUCGUGUAUUCUGUGAUAAUUACCCCUUGAAGUACACGCAUACGUACAUUCCCACAAAAAAUGAGACGAACAGAUUCACACUUAUACAUUAUUGGAAGACACUGUCCAAAUCUCCAUUCGAAACAUACACAUAUAAAUUCAAAGCAGACGCAUUACAUACUUGUAUACUAUACAUAGGAAUACACACAGUAACAUACGUAACUAUACUGAUUCCAAUAGCAACAGUAUUUUUCUCUUUUAAAAGACAUUUUCGAUUUCUAUUCUCUAUACUCGUUAAACGUCCGAAGAGUCUCGUCGGUGUGCAAUGACGAAAGAUACUAUGGCAAUCGUCGCGAUUGUGAUCGAGUAGCGUAGAAAUUGCAAUGCCUUCUGUCGCAACGUGUCGCAAGAUGACCGAUUACAGUUAGAUGAACGAGGACAAUUCGAAUACCGUUGAUUAUUAUCGAUAAGAAUUGAUACAGGGAACGCAAAAGUAUUCAUCGGACAAUGAAUCGCGUAGUUAGAGAUUUUUCGAAAAGGAUUUUAAUGAGCAACGAGAGGAUUCGGGACAAUGAUGCGACCAUACAUCGCCCUUAAACCUUAAACGUUGAAUUUACGCGUGAAUCAUAUUUGGUUUUUGCGCGCUUCACUAUAAUAUUAAAAUAGAAGUAUUCAUUGACGUUUUGUUUUUUUUUUUAUUCUGUCACGUUAUCCAACUCUUAAGGGUACGAUUGCACAAAAGAUAAACAAUGCUUGCAUCGCUGUUUGAAUAAUACUGAAUAGGGGUGCACGCGAUAAUUUGUAUUCGUCGAAAUAAGGGAAGGUUUAACCCUGCCGGGACUCACACGCGAGGAAUUCAGUUUUCGAGUGGUUUAUCUUGGAUUCUACUUAAAAUAUCGACAUAAUUAUGGUAUUAGUACAUAAUUUGUAAAAUUGAUAUCACUCUAGCGUUGCAAAUGUUUACAUGCAUACCUACUGUUAAUAGAUUACUAUACGUGACGUGAUGCAUGCCAUGUGUGUUUAGAGAUGAGUGCUUAAUGAUAGAUUUAGCGUUUAGUCUAUGAAUUUCAUUACUUUGAAUAACUUUUUGAAUUUAAAAGAGAAGAAAUGAAAACGGUGAAGAAAACAGAAAAACAAGUCCCUAAAGGGUUAAAACAAGUGCCGCGGAAAGAGAUAGGAGAACAAGUGUAUUACUAUCUUUACCUAACGAAAACGCAUAUCCCCGUAAAUCAUUUUAAUAUAUAUUACGAAUAUUUAAAUGAUAAAUUUAUACAGUCAUGAAAAAACAAUGCGAGAUACAUACUUGUAAAUAACUUCUUUCUGUGAUUGAACGUCUCGUUGCACGAAUCGAUCCAUCAUUCUUCUCAGAGAGUACCUAAUCGAAGAAGUGAGAAAGAACUUGAAAAGGGCGCGUGCAUUGCGGUAUAUGUAUGUAAGUAAUAGGGUCAAGUGUUCGUAGUUCUUGUUCGACGAGAGUUGUCAACCGCGAACUUUUGCGUUCGAUGACCGACCAUGAACGCAGAACCAAAGAAAAAGAGAUCAUUUCUAAAAGAAAAAAACAGAGAAAACUAGACUCCAGAUCACUGUAUCGUGAAAACGUGUAGCAAGCGAAACCAUUUAACAAACGAGAGGAAAAAAAUUAAAUGAAAAAAAGAACAAAAUAUAUACACAAUUAUUGACAAUACUAUGCUUGAAAAAUCGUACGACGCGUAUAUAAUUGUACUUAAACAAAUAUAUUAAAGAAAAAAAAAACAAAAAAAAAUAGCAGGAUGUUUGUGUUUCGUAAAUAAAAGCAUACUAAGGGAUAACAUUUGUAACCAUACGACAAGAGACACAUUUGCAAAAAAAUAAAAAUUAUUAAUAAUAAUACUUGUACGGAACGCGUAAUUUUGUGCGUACAUAUGCGGAUGACUGCGUAAUUCUUAGGUAUUGUAUCCUCGAAGAGUAAAGAGUACAUGUUCAUCGUCCCGAGAGAACGUACGAUAGUUGUUGUUAUCAAAAUUUUUAAACCAAGCGAAUGAAGAGAAAGAAGAAGUAUGAUAUUUACGGCACCACACAACCCGUUGCAUAGCCUCCGAGUAUAUAAAUACAUAGGUGAAUUUAAAAAGCAAUUGUAUCAGAGUCAAACACGCACAUUCAACACAAAAAAAAGAUAUAAUAAUACAAAAUCCCAGAUUCUUUAUUGAUAAUAAACGUUUACAUUUCGUUCGUUCACUCGCAUAAAGAGCUUAUUCUAUCUCUGAAUCGUUUAUAUGAUCGAAAAAGUCUCUUUUCACCAGUGAACACGUGUGCACGAUUUUACGAUUUUGCCUUUGGAAGAAUGGUAUUCUGUCCUUGAUCGAUCAACGCACGCGACGCCAGCAUUGCCAGGUAUUUUUUCGAAUUCCUCGUUUCAUCGAUAGGUUCGCCUUUACGUUUUGUUGAUUCCCUUUAAUGUCCAUUAAUCCUGUCGAGCUAAUCGUUACCGCUUUUCCGGUAAAAUUCGCUGUCGUCUCCUAUCAUGCUUACUUGCAUAUACUCAUCCUUAAUGCAGGACCCAAAUUGUACAAUAUUAUACUAGUAGUUUUAUCAGAUUCAAUCAAUAUGCAUAUUUUGUCCUUAUAUCCUAGUUGCUUCGCACUCUAAGGGUUGAAAUAAAAUAGUGAAUAUCGAAAUUUAUUAUUUAAAUAACGUACAGAACGAUAUAUAAUAGCUUUUUCCAAAGUCUAGACACUUAUCGAAGUUUUCUAAUACAAUCAACGUACAAAAUUGAUUGAGAUAAACUUCAUCGUGAUCAUUUACUUGUAGUUAGCGGUCCUUAAAUCAAUUGAUGAAAGAGGUAAUUUUGUUUGGCGACGUGUGCAAACGUUAACAAGAUUCGAUCGAUAAAAUUAGGAAAUGCGCGUGACGUGAUAAUAUAAUAGUGUUAAGCCAGCGAAAGAGAGAAUUAUUAAAUUGAUAAAUGCUAUGCACGAGCAUACGAACGAAAUAACGAGUAUGAAAUAAAGAUUGUUACAGUGGUAUUUAUCGACCAACUGGAAUAGCUAUUAUGGAACAUAAUAUAUAUAAGGUGAUAUCGUGCGUGAAUAAAAGGCAAACGAGGAAAGUUGACCAGAGUUUUAUCGUCGUUAAAUCAUUACUGUGCCACAUUUCAUGUCGUAUCGUUGUUUACGUAAAACAAGAAGAUAAAAUCGAAGUAUCGUCAUUAUUAUGGAUUAAUUGUGUAAGAUGAGACUCGAUGUGACGCCACCGUAAUUGCUAUACGAAAAAUUGCCGAACGUAAGACCAUCGAUAAUCUGGAGGGACUCGUCUUUCAUCCACUACAUAUCCGAAUUUGUAUACAUUUCUUUUUAGGCCAUUUGAUACGUCAGUUGCACAGAACAUAGAAAUAACUUUGACGAUCUACUCUAGUAAAUCGAUUCAAUCACCUAAUUCGGAUCUUCUGCUUGCUUAGACAUUAAUAUCACUUGUUAAAAACUUCAAUUUGUCGGAGACCUCUAGAUGUUCGUUUGGUAGUUAGUGAACAAAAAGAAAGAAAACACAUAUGUGUAAUACACGCAACACAAUUGUUAUGUUGAUCAUCAGUGUCUUCGAACACUCACCUUAUCAUUGUCAUCACUGUAAUUGCGAAACGCAUCUUCAUAUUAUAUGAAGUGUCCGACAGUUUCCUUCGCUAUCUUUUUGUAAUUUAUCAUUUUCGCAUUAUCAAUAACGUUCACGUGUAAAAUAUUAUUACACUCUAAUUGUGUGAACGCAAAAUAUAUUGCAUACACAGCUGCACAUAUAAUAUACAAAUGGCUCGUAUAAAAUGUUACAAUCUGUCAAUUUGGCAACUACCUAUAUUUCAAAGAUAAGAGUCAUGUAGAUGAAUAAAGACCAUUUUAAGUUAUUCAGUAUGCCAAUGAAACAAUGUUUCAUAUUUACCCUGGCUAGUUCUCAGAGAUAACAGUUUGUAAUGUUUUACAUGGCCAUCCUAUACAUAUAUAUACUAUACACUUGUACAUAUACACGAUCGUACUAUACAUUAACAAUCUGAUGUUGCCUCGUGUUUCAGCAAAUUAGCAAAAAAUGAUCUUUAUCAUAAUCACAGAUUUUUGCAUGAUUUCAGUAAAAUUUAAUCGAACGAAACCUAUAAACACAUCUUGUUGGGACGCGAAGCAUCAACAAUACAAAAAGAAGGAGCAUUUUCUAAAUAAUGAGAUCAUUCGUUGAAUUCAAGAAUUCCCACUAUUUCUGUAUACAUCGAUGCUAUCUCAUCAUCAUGCUCCAUUCAAAUACGCUGUUUGCUCUUUACCAUCAUGUGCUAUUCUUUCAUACAUCUUAUACUUUUGUUUCGAAAUACACAUACCUGUAUAUUAAAGUGCAUAUCAAAUUAUCCCAAACAAAAUACAUUGACCAAUUAAUUCUGUAACUGAAUUUUACACUUUCUCUUUCAAUCCAAAAAGGAAGAACGGUGUUCUCUAGAAUAUCCGCCUUCCUUUUGUAAAUGUUAACGAAUGCUUAGGAUCUAAGACGCCGUUAAUUGUACAUUGCGAAGACGUGAUUCUUUGAGAAUGAAUUCCUCAUCGCUGAUACAUACAUAUAUGUUCUGCGUGUAAAGCGAAAGAAACAUGAUAUAAUUUAUUUAUAAUCCCUCACAACAUACAGCCAUCAUUAUAUCGUGUCGCCACAAAAAUUAGUACUUAAUUAUAUAAUGUUCGUGCAGUCAUCUUGAUGACAUUAAAAUCAUAUUACAUUACGAUACAAAAUAUUUAAUUUUAUGUUUACUGAUUUCUUAUCGAUUAUUUUGCACAAGCUAAUUUUUUGUUUACAUUUCACAUUUAUCUAUCAUAUCCAAUGGGUGCUCUUAAAUGGACGGUGGAACAAAAACUGCAAUAUAUGAUGAUGGUAAAUGUUAAGGGAUGAAAAGAAGGAUGGCUUUCUUAAUGAAAUAGGCUGUCUCAGGGGAAGGUGAUUCACAGACUCUAAUAAAGCAUCAAAACCUAUCAAUCUCAA